AUGGCAUCCCCGGCCCCUGUGGACGCAGGGCACGACCUGCACAAGCGAGCUCAAGAGCGAAACCACGACUCUAUUCAACCUAUUGCAUCGAACUGGGCUCAGGAUUCUGUCGGCCGAGCCUUGAAGCAGUACCAACCUUCACUGCUUUCUGUUGAAGGCUGCUGGGCAUUCCCCGCCGUCGACCAGGAGGGAAACUGGAGCGGUGGUCUGAAACCGUCGGGCGGCAAGACCGGCGGCUGCUCCCGCAGUACGGGACAGACCUAUGCCCGUGGUGCCUGGCAUAGAGAAAAGUUUGGAAUGAUGUACUGCUGGUACUUCCCGAAGGACCAGACUGAUUCCCCGGUCCCCAGGGGACACCGCCACGACUGGGAAUGCGCCAUUGUCUGGAUCAGCAACCCUGGCCGGCCUCAGCUUCAAGGGAUCUCGACUUCGGCGCACGGUGGCUGGAAGAGAUGGGACAAGGUUAACCCCUGGAACGUCCGCGGCGAUGCCUUCAAAGUCAAGUACUUCCAGGACAUCAAGGUUUUCGGAACCCAUUCUCUUGAUAUUACUGGGGAUGAUGGCGGCGGUUUUGCCCCUCUCAUUCAGUAUGAACUGCUGCCUGUUGCUGCCCGGAACUCUUUGAACACUGUCAACUGGGAGUCCGCCACCUUCAUGAUGAAGGAUCCUCUUUUCCGCAAGAACCUUGAGGCUGCGUACCCUUUUGCCAAGAACAGCCCUUGUAAGCAGUGCUAA